AUGGCGGACCGGCGGCGAAGACGGAGGCGCGCGUCUCAGGACAGCGAGGAGGACGAUGAUUCUGCUUCAGGAUCCGAAAGCGGGAGAUCGGGUUCACCAGGAGGGAAGACCCGAGUAAGGGAUCCUGGACCAGUCGAGUCGCCAGCGGUCCGAGUUCGAUCCAAAAGCGACGAUGAAUCUGAGUGUGAAAGUGAAGACGGAGUAGGAGAAGCUGUCUUGUCAGACUAUGAUAGUGCUGAUCCUGAGGAGAAUGGUUCACAUUCGGAGGGAGUAGAUGAGGAAGAAGAGGAGGAAGAGGGAGAACGCUUUAGCGAGGAAGAGGCGUCUCGAGCUGCAGCUGAGAACAAACCGACAACGGACGCCUCAGCGGAGGACCUGGAGGAAGAGGAGGAGGGCGGGAAGGAAGCGAAGUCAGAAGACAAAGGGAACCUGGCUGGAGAGAGACAGAGUGGAGAUGGACAGGAGAGCACAGAUGAUCCCGAAAACAAAUCGGGCGGCAAAACGGGCCAGAAGCUUGAUGACGACGAGGACCGAAAGAAUCCGGCCUACAUUCCCCGCAAAGGGCUGUUCUUUGAGCAUGAUGUGAGGGGACAAGCUCAAGAAGAGGAAAGACCUAAAGGGAGACACAGGAAGUUGUGGAAAGAUGAAGGUCGCUGGGAGCAUGAUAAGUUUCGGGAGGAGGAGCAGGCGCCCAAGUCACGCGAGGAGCUGAUCGCGAUAUACGGUUACGACAUCCGGAAUGGAACCGGACCCAGCGAAGGUCGACCCUAUAGAAACAGGAAACCUAGACAUAACAACUCUCCCAACCAAGAACCAAAGCGUUGGAGAGACAGCGAGAAGCCUUCUCGAACCUCCCGGCAAGGAGGCCCUCCCAGCGGCCGCGGCGCCCCCCCGUCCGUGUCCCUGCAUUCGGGUCCCUCGUCCGCUCCCCCCGCGGCCCCCCGCCCCUCCGGCAGACCCCCGUCUCAGCCCCCAUCCCGUAGCUUCCAGGGCGGCCGACCCCCUCAAGUCCCGCAAAGGGGUGAAGGUAGAGGUCACGUGAAGGUUGGCACAGAGGCCCCUCAACCCCGAAACUCCCGGCCGCAAUCCCUCGAGGGUGAGAGGGGCCCGCGGCUCAGGGUGGCCCGGGGGCCACACGUAGAGCGCAGCCCCCCGGUGGUGGUGGAAGAGGUCAGGAGCGACGAGGACGACGAGGAGGGCGAGAUCCCCACGUCGACCACCACGUACACCGGGCACCACUACAAGACGGAGAGGGAGGCGGUCCCGUCGCCACGGCAACAGGACGGGGACCGCUCGGCGGAGGCGGCGACGGGGACGGCCAGGGACGCGUCGCCUCCGCAAGAACGUCCGGUGGAGAAGAAGUCGUACUCGCUGGGCCGCAGGACUCGCGCCCGCCCCUCGGACAUGGGUAAACAGGCGUCUCUCGAGGACUCGGCCCCGGCGAUGCAGACCGCUGUGAAAAACGAGCCGUGGCAGGGCCAGGGCGACACUGGCUCGCAAGGCGGCCUCUCAGGACUGGAUCAGGACUUGGCCCGUCUCAGCCUGGCAGGCCAAAACUGGGCCCAGAGCCCGGCCUCUUAUUUACGUGCUGAAAUGCGGGGCAUCCCGAGCUCCAUGCACAUCGGAGGUGGUGGUCCUCACCAAUACAGCAACAUGGAGGAUAUGGGUGUUGGUGGGGGACGAGCAAAGCGGUACUCUUCUCAGCGUCAAAGGCCAGUGCCGGAACCAGCACCUAUGCACAUAGGAGUCAUGGAGGGCCACUAUUAUGAACCUAUGUCUUUCCAGGGACCAAUCUACACGCCCGGUGAUAGCCCGGCUCCUCUGCCGCCCCAGGGCAUGCUGGUCCAACCCGAAAUGCACCUUCCGCACCCAGGACACCCGGGACACCCGGGUUUGCACCCCCAUCAGUCAGGAGGACCCAUGCCUAACCCCGCUCUUUAUGCUGCUCCACCCGUCUCCAUGUCCCCUGGUCAGCCUCCACCGCAGCAGCUCCUGCCCCCACCUUUCUACCCCCCGCCCGGGGUCAUGACCUUCGGCAACACAAAUUACCCCUACCCUACCGGAGCAACACUGCCCCCGAUGUACCCUAACCCUCAGGCACAGUCACAGGUUUAUGGGGGUGUGACGUAUUUUGACACGGUGCAGCAGCAGGCUCAGCCAAAGCCUUCACCCCCCCGCCGCUCCUCACAGCCCGUCACAGUCAAACCGCCGCCCCCCGAGGAUCGGGGCGGGAAGCCGACCGACGAGAUCCGAUCCUAGUUUUUACCAGGAUACGUCACC